AAUCAGAAAUUGUGUGGGGAAAAAUAAAUUGUUGAUAGAUCUACAUUUUUUGUUGUUAAUCAAAGUUAAAAAUCAUCGAUUUCUAAAUCGAUAGUAGAAGAGAAGGAAUCUCGGUUCUAUCGUUUUGAGUUUAGACGUUUUAGGUAUAUCUACGUAAAAUCGCCCGCGACUAGUAAUGUGAAAAACAGUGUAGGCUGACUGUACUGUACAUCAUUUAUAGAGUGGAAAUAUUACCUGGUGGUAUUUUACAGCCUAAACAUUAUGUAGCAGUAAAAUCUGGUAGAAGAAUAAAUGGAGUUACCAAAUCAUUAUUUACCUGUACAUGCCUGUCAACAUGCAGGACUGAAGCUCAAUCACCGAUUCAUGUUUGCUGAAUAUGGCUCCUAUAAAAAUGUUGAUACCACUGUAGAUGAUGAAGCCCAGCAAGUUACAAUGUGCCCACAAAAAGGACAGGGCAGUCUGGCAAAUCUUUCUGACGUGGUCCCAACCCUGCCUUUGUUUGAACAUCCUCUGAUGGCAAACUUUUUCUCUUCACUAGACAACUGGAAAGAGUGUGAUUAUAUUAUGGGUGUGAAGAACUUUGUAGAGAACCAGAAUGAUCUUAAAUACUUGGUUACAACUCUGCCGCAUUACAAGACUUUAAUACACAAUAAUCCUGCAGAUAGAUUCUCUAAGGACAUCAUGAGAUUGAAAGAGCUAGUAUGGCAGUGUUGCGAAAACCCAGGCGAACCAUCAAACACUGAGCAGUUUCAAUGUGAUGGGGGCAUGCAGACCAUCAUUUCCAAGUAUUUGAACGUCCAAAAAGCUUACAACAAAUAUUGUUUGAAUGGGUUUAACCCAGAUUUUUCUGGUGGCUUGUUGUCUGUAGUACCCACUACAGAGAGGGACUUCCUUAUUCAUGCUUCAGGCCCCCGUUUCCAGGACAUACGUUUGAGCCAGGUUCUACAUGAGGAAACAAAUGUUGUACCAACUGGCCUGCAGCACAGUCAGUAUUCAUCCAGUGGGCCUGUCUUUCAAGUUGUUAGCAAGUCUUUAACAACACCAGACAAAGUUUUAAUUUGCCUGAGACAGAAACAGAAAUGUGUUUUACUGAGUGUGGACUUAACGCUGAUGUCAUUUGUUGAACAAGCUGACUCAAAUGAUUUGAAAAUAUCAGUGACCUCAACAUCUUUCAGCCCCUACUUGGAGAAUGAAAUCCUAUUGUCUGCUGCUGGUGGCUGUGUUUAUCUCUGGGAUGUUAACUCCACGCCCAGGAAAAUAGUAGAAAAAGCAGCCCGCUUUGAGAGCGUGAAUGAGUGGACCAGUGCAUAUUUUAGUGGACACCCUCGGCAAGUGGUUGUAGCAGAUAGUACAUCAGUGGAGUUGUUUGACCACAGGUCCCAGUUUACCUGUGGCCUGGAACUGUUCACACUGUGUAACCAACUGAAUAAAGCCCACGAGAGAGUGAUGACAGCAGCAGCUCUUGGCUUCCCUUAUCAUCUGGCUGUGACAGACUUCUCCCUCUUUGUUAUGGACCAGAGAUUCACAGCCACACCGGUCCUACAGUUUAGCCUGGAGUCCAUUGCCUCACCACAGUACAUAGAAAUCAUCAACAACAUCAGCAACACUUCAGAAAAUCUGAUUUUCCUGGCAUCGCAGCAACCAGCAGAGGUGAUGUGUUUCCAUGUGAAUGUGCAGCAGGGUCUUGCACCCACCUCUACAGUUCUUCCAUGGAAAGUUUCACCCAUUGGGGAAUUUUAUCACUCUUUAAACACAAGUGACUUUUGGGACUGGAACAGCAUGGAGAGAAGGUUUCAGGCAUCAUUGGCUGGACUGGCAGUCUCUAGACCAACAGAGAAACUUAGUGCCCUCUCAGUUUACCAGUUGGACUCAUAUGGAGAUGUUUUCUGCCAAAGGAUUAGACUAGAUGAGAUGUCAGAGACAAUGAAGGUGACGUCCAGCACAUCAGCUGAGAGGAGGGGGGCCAGUGACAGGUCCAGUAGAUGGGUCCAAAGUUUUGAUGACAUCACCAGGUGCAGGUUCUUAUCUGAGGAUGUGGUCACCAGACACCAUCUACAGGUGCCAUUAGAUGAGAACCUGAUGGACGCCAUUUUCUCUCCGCCUCUAGAUGCCAGUCCACCUGUGAUAAGAUGUGCCACUACCAUAAAGAGGAAGCUGAAGCCUGUAGAAAAACUACCUUGUCAAGGUUUCUCCACACAGUUGCACCUUGCACUGCUCAAGAAUGAAGACAUCAGCGACAUUUUGAAAAACAGGGAGGCUUACCACCAGGAACAGAAGAAGAUGAUGAGACAAAUUGUCUUAGAUGAAAUGGCUAACAAAAAAAGUCACAGGAAAGAAAAAUCAAGGACACCAUCAAAAAGAAAAUCAAAAAUGUUUGUCUGUGAAACACUUGACUCUAGCUCUGAUGAAUAGAACUUUUAAGUAUGGAUCUUCUGAUGUCUGACAUCCAGCAUGGAUGUUCUGAUGUCUGACAUCCAGCAUGGAUCUUCUGAUGUCUGACAUCCAGUAUGGAUGUUCUGAUGUCUGACAUCACAUUUCUGCAGCUAAAUAGCCUUGAGUACUACCUACCCUGCCUUAUCAGGUACAGAAUAUGAUAUUGGUUGAUUCAGCUAGUCAUGUGACUGGUCAUCUGUUUUGUAAAUAUUGGUUGAUUCAGCUAGUCAUGUGACUGGUCAUCUGUUUUGUAAAUAUUGGUUGAUUCAGCUAGUCAUGUGACUGGUCAUCUGUUUUGUAAAUAUUGGUUGAUUCAGCUGGUCAUAUGACUGGUCAUCUGUUUUGUAAAUAUUGGUUGAUUCAGCUAGUCAUGUGACUGGUCAUCUGUUUUGUAAAUAUUGGUUGAUUCAGCUAGUCAUGUGACUGGUCAUCUGUUUUGUAAAUAUUGGUUGAUUCAGCUAGGCAUGUGACUGGUCAUCUGUUUUGUAAAUAUUGGUUGAUUCAGCUAGUCAUGUGACUGGUCAUCUGUUUUGUAAAUAUUGGUUGAUUCAGCUGGUCAUGUGACUGGUCAUCUGUUUUGUAAAUAUUGGUUGAUUCAGCUAGUCAUGUGACUGGUCAUCUGUUAAAUAUUGGUUGAUUCAGCUAGUCAUGUGACUGGUCAUCUGUUUUGUAAAUAUUGGUUGAUUCAGCGAGUCAUGUGACUGGUCAUCUAUUAAAUAUUGGUUGAUUCAGCUAGUCAUGUGACUGGUCAUCUGUUAAAUAUUGGUUGAUUCAGCUGGUCAUGUGACUGGUCAUCUGUUAAAUAUUGGUUGAUUCAGCUGGUCAUGUGACUGGUCAUCUGUUAAAUAUUGGUUGAUUCAGCUGGUCAUGUGACUGGUCAUCUGUUAAAUAUUGGUUGAUUCAGCUGGUCAUGUGACUGGCCAUCUGUUAAAUAUUGGUUGAUUCAGCUAGUCAUGUGACUGGUCAUCUGUUAAAUAUUGGUUGAUUCAGCUAGUCAUGUGACUGGUCAUCUGUUUUGUAAAUAUUGGUUGA